AUGAGCGAAAAAGGAACCGCGAUCACAUCUAAUAUAAACUUUGAAAAAAAUGCUGUAAAUAAACCUUUACUUACACAAGAUUUAUUUGAUUCAGUAUUUGGUAACUUUGGAGACACAUCUACUAUUAGUAACAUGGAUUUAAGUCUUAAAAAGAAACCCGAAUCAAUAAAAAGUGUAAAAAAAGAUGAAAAACCAACAAUGGAUUUUAGGCAAUCAUCAUCAUCUUUCUUGUAUUCUUCACAAGAUGAAAAAUCCAAUAGUGUUGACUUUAGAGAACAAAUUAAUUUCGAAUCAAGUGAUACGAACGAUCAAAUUCCAAUAACUUUUUCUUCUAUUUCACUGAAUCUUGAUAUUGGUGAUUUUGCGCAAGAAAAAUCGUACCAGAAAAAUCAAGAAAAGAAAGAAACAACGACUCAACGGAGAUCAUUUAGAAGAGACAGAUCAGGUGAUAUGGAAAAAACAGAUUGUGGGUGUUUAAUAAUGUGA